AUGCCUAUUCCACGGAUGUUCAGAAACGACAGUGUUGAUCCAGAGCUCACCAACUACAACCCACGCUUAGCUCAGAUCUUCGUCAUCAAAGAAGUUGCCUCAAAAUUCUUCAUUUGUGACAUCGACGGAGCAAUUGAUGAUGGGUAUCCGAACAUGCACGUUACGAAGCGGCUGCGUCCAUUACAUAUAGCAGCGUUUCAUAACAGUGUCGAACGUGUGUCUAAGUUGGUGUCUGCUGGUGCCAGAAUCGAUGCCAUCGAUGAAGUGGGUUACACUCCUCUGCACUACUGUACCAUAUUUGGGUGUGUGGAUGCCCUGGAAGAACUCCUUCGGUUGGGUGCUCGCGUUGAUUUUGAUCAAAGUUCUCUCCCCGCCUGUAAGCAGACAAAAGCGGAGCAGCCAAUACGUCUAGCAAUGGAAUGCAACCAAGCAAAAUGUGCAGACAUUUUACUCAAACACGGUGCAAAACCUGACACUGAGUAUUUCAGAGGAUCUGAAAUCAACUUAGUCGCCCUGGAGUACAUUGACUGCUUGGAAAUCCUCCUCAAACAUGGAGCAAAACCUGAUGUUUACAAUAAACUAGGGCAGACCCCUCUGAUGAAGGCCUGUAAGGAAUGCAACGUCUCUGCUGUGAAACUUCUGCUACAAUAUGGUGCAAGUGUUAAUCUCAAAUUUCAGCGCUUUGACAAAAAGUCUGUGCUCUUUUAUGCAAUUUUUGGUGGCAAUCCUGAGAUUGUGAAACUUCUACUUGAUGCUGGGGCAGAUGCCUCUCUCCCCGUUGACAGUACAACUAGUCCGUUGUCAAUGGCAGUGCAUCACAGUUAUGCCGCAAUGAGCAAGUAUCAGAUCUGCCAAAUGUUGUUGCGCCAUGGUGCCGACGUUGAUGCCAUUGACCAAACAUUUCACUGUUCCGCGUUGAGCACAGCUUGCGGACGGAAGAAUGUCCCGGCGAAGUUAGUGAGGCUGCUGCUAGAAUAUGGCGCCAAUGUAAACUACACCGAUGGAGUAAGCCCAUCGCCUUUGGUGAAAUAUUUGUUGACCUCACGCGAGUCUUAUGACUUUGAUGUAGUUCACACUUUGAUCAAGUAUGGUGCCAUUGUGCAUAUUACAUCACCUGGGUCGGACUCUUCUCAGGGUGAUCCCUUCAGCGUCCUCAGUGGGAUGUUUAAUGUUCAAAAUGAUGAAGACAUUUUGGAUAUUCUGUAUAAUGCAACUGAGGUUCUCAAUUUGGACAUGUCUUUGUACUCAAGAGAUGGGCUUAGUCGAGUUUUGUGGCGUUUGGCCAGAGAGGGUGUGUCCAGGGCGGCAUCUAAUCCACAUGGUCUAAAGAAUUCUGUUCGGUUACUCUUGAGAAAGGUUCUACGCAACUGUGGCAGCCACCUGCUCACUGAAGUGGAAAGGCUUCCACUCCCAAAUAUCCUCAAGUCAUAUAUCCUUUUUGAAGCCCAGUAA